AUAUAUGCAAAAAACCUGGUGAAUGCAGAUAGGUGUGCACUCUUCCAGGUUGACCACAAAAAUAAGGAGCUGUAUUCAGACCUUUUUGAUAUUGGAGAAGAAAAUGAUGGGAAACCUGUCUUCAAGAAGACCAAAGAAAUAAGAUUUUCUAUAGAAAAAGGAAUAGCUGGUCAAGUGGCAAGAACAGGAGAAGUCCUUAACAUCCCUGAUGCCUAUGCAGAUCCACGCUUUAACAGAGAAGUAGACCUCUACACAGGCUACACAACCAGAAAUAUCCUGUGCAUGCCUAUUGUAAGCCGAGGAAGUGUAAUAGGUGUUGUGCAGAUGGUGAACAAAAUAAGUGGAAGUGCCUUCUCUAAAACUGAUGAGAACAACUUUAAAAUGUUUGCAGUCUUUUGUGCUUUAGCCUUACACUGUGCUAAUAUGUACCACAGAAUUCGCCAUUCAGAGUGUAUUUACCGUGUAACGAUGGAGAAGCUAUCCUACCACAGUGUUUGUACAGCAGAAGAGUGGCAAAACCUCAUGCACUGUACACUGCCUCCACAUAUUUAUAAAGAAAUUGAACUAUACCACUUUGAUAUCAGUCCGUAUGAGGAUGUCUGGCCUGCCAUUUUUGUCUACAUGGUUCACCAGUCCUGUGGGACAGCCUGCUUUGAACUUGAAAAGCUAUGCCGAUUUACUAUGUCUGUAAAGAAGAACUAUCGCCGUGUGCCCUACCACAACUGGAAGCAUGCAGUUACUGUUGCACAUUGCAUGUAUGCCAUACUUCAGAACAACCAGGGGCUUUUCACUGAUCUAGAGCGAAAAGGUCUUUUAGUUGCAUGCCUGUGUCAUGACCUGGAUCACAGAGGUUACAGCAACAGCUAUCUUCAGAAAUUUGAUCACCCCUUAGCUGCUCUCUAUUCCACGUCAACAAUGGAACAGCACCACUUUUCGCAGACUGUGUCCAUCCUGCAGCUGGAAGGGCACAAUGUCUUCUCCAAUCUGAGCUCCAGCGAAUAUGAGCAAGUACUUGAGAUCAUCCGGAAAGCCAUCAUCGCCACAGACCUUGCCCUGUAUUUUGGAAAUAGAAAACAGCUUGAAGAGCUGCAUCAGACGGGAGCAUUAAACCUUAAGAACCAAGCACACAGAGAUAGAGUGAUUGGUCUGAUGAUGACGGCUUGUGAUUUGUGUUCUGUAACAAAGUUGUGGCCAGUUACCAGACUGACGGCCAAUGAUAUAUAUGCGGAAUUCUGGGCUGAGGGUGAUGAAAUGAAGAAAACAGGUAUUCAACCUAUUCCUAUGAUGGACAGAGACAAGAAGGAUGAAGUCCCUCAGGGUCAGAUUGGGUUCUACAAUGCUGUAGCCAUCCCAUGUUACACCACACUUGCACAGAUCUUUCCUCCAACUGGGCCACUACUCCGAGCAUGCAGGGACAAUCUCAACCAAUGGGAGAAAGUAACAAGAGGUGAGGAAGCCUCUAUAUGGAUUCCCUCCCAGUCCCUUGCUCCUGGGACCUCAGAUUCACUUCCUGUGAAGAUCGAUGACUGAACCGCAGCAACAGAUUGCUUUAACCUGAAGAGCAUCCCUUCCUGUUUUGGGGGUUGUUUUUUGUUUUGUUUCAUUUUUAUUUGGAAAAAAAAAGGAAAAAGAAAAGCUACAAAAUGCUAACUAAGAAGCAGAUCUGCCUAGGAAGGUAACACCCUUGGAGUUACCUCAGCUAAAUGACUCUGGCAGCCAAUCGCCUGACCUACACCGGUGACACAACGUGAACAGAAGGAAAACGACAACCCAGAUGUUUUGGAAUCAGCUAUCAAAAGAGAACUUAGAACUUGUGAAUAUAAAAGACUGGCCUUAUCUCAUGGGCUACAUUGCUGAGGCCUUAAUUUAAAACUGAUGGGGGAAAAAAAAAUCUUAGGGGGUACUUCUAAAUUGUAUCUUUCUAGUAAGGGUUUCAAUGGUACUUUUAUUAUACCGUACUGUGGCUGGCUUUAACACCAGUGUCACUUGGGAGUUCUUGGCUAUAAAUAGAACAAUAUACCCAUUGCUAUUGUGAAUGUUUAUGUGUGAUCUACUUGUAAUCAGUUUGAACUCCAGCAGAAUCCUUGGAGACUAUAAUUCAUGCUUAGGUUACAGUGAAUUCUCUUGCUG